AUGGUCCAGCCGCACUUCCACAAAUGGAUCCCCAUCCACGGGCGCACGUUCCUGUACUGGUUCGGGGCGAGGCCGAGCCUGUGCGUGGCCGACGUGAACAUGGUGAAGCAGGUGCUCUCCGACCGCGGCGGGCUGUACCCCAAGAACCUCGGGAACCCGCACAUCGCCCGGCUGCUCGGCAAGGGGCUCGUGCUCACCGACGGCGACGACUGGAAGCGCCACCGCAAGGUCGUCCACCCGGCCUUCAACAUGGACAAGCUCAAGAUGAUGACGGUGACCAUGUCCGACUGUGCCGGGUCAAUGAUGUCGGAGUGGACGGCAAAGAUGGAGAAGGGGGGCAGCGUGGAGAUUGAGCUGAGCCACCAGUUCGAGGAGCUCACCGCGGAUGUCAUCUCUCACACGGCAUUCGGAAGCAGCUACGAACAAGGGAAAAAGGUCUUCCUCGCGCAGAAGGAGCUCCAGUUCCUUGCCUUCUCCACCGUAUUCAACGUGCAAAUCCCAGCAUUAAGGUACCUUCCAACCGAAAAGAACCUCAGGAUAUGGAAGCUUGACAAGGAGGUGAGGACCAUGCUGAUGAACAUCAUCAAAACCCGUCUUGCCACCAAAGACACCAUGGGCUACGGCAACGACCUGCUUGGGCUUAUGUUAGAGGCGUGCGCGGCAGAGGGUGGCCAUAAUCCGAUUUUGAGUAUGGACGAGAUCAUAGAUGAGUGCAAGACCUUCUUCUUUGCCGGGCAUGACACCAGCUCGCACCUGCUCACAUGGACCAUGUUCUUGCUGAGCACGCACCCCGAGUGGCAGGAGAAGCUCAGGGAGGAGGUGCUAAGAGAGUGUGGCAGUGAGGUUCCCACCGGUGACAUGCUCAACAAACUGCACUUGGUUAACAUGUUUCUACUGGAAACUCUCAGGUUAUACGCCCCUGUGUCGCUCAUUCAGAGGAAGGCGGGUUCGGAUCUUGAGGUUGGUGGCAUCAAAGUGCCUGAGGGCACGGUUUUGACGAUCCCCAUCGCGAUGAUCCAUCGUGACAAGGAGGUAUGGGGAGAAGAUGCCAACGAAUUCAAGCCUAUAAGGUUCGAGAAUGGAGUGACGAGGGCCGGAAAGCACCCCAAUGCCUUGUUGUCUUUCUCCAGUGGGCCGAGGUCAUGCAUUGGGCAGAACUUUGCAAUGAUAGAGGCCAAGGCUGUGAUCGCCGUGAUUCUUCAGAGAUUCUCAUUUUCCCUAUCACCUAAGUAUGUCCAUGCCCCAAUGGACGAGAAACUCAGGGAGGAGGUCCUACGAGAGUGUGGCAGUGAGGUACCUACCGGUGACAUGCUCAACAAACUGCACUUGGUCAACAUGUUCCUACUAGAAACUCUGAGGUUAUACGCCCCUGUGUCGCUCAUUCAGAGGAAUGCGGGUUCGGAUCUUGAGGUUGGUGGCAUCAAAGUGCCUGAGGGCAUGGUCCUAACGAUCCCCAUCGCGACGAUACAUCGUGACAAGGAGGUAUGGGGAGAAGAUGUCAACGAAUUCAAGCCUAUGAGGUUCGAGAAUGGAGUGACUAGGGCCGGAAAGCACCCCAAUGCCUUGUUGUCUUUCUCCAGUGGGCCGAGGUCGUGCAUAGGGCAGAACUUUGCAAUGAUCGAGGCCAAGGCUGUGAUCGCCGUGAUUAUUUAG